AUGCUGCGACUAUGCACCUCUCGAACUCUUGCUCUGACCAGCAGCCCUGCUGUGAGUGAGCACCGUCUCGUCGCCCGCGCAGCCUGGCCAGCACUCCGCCGCACCGCCAGCACCGAUGGCCUCGCACGCGUACCGCUGCGGAAGCAAUUGAAAGACGAAGCCAAAUCGCUCAAGACGCAGAACCGACAUCGACGAGGAUCGGAGAAAUCAGCCAAUUCGGAUGCAUGGGAGCUGACUGUUGGAAUCGAAAUACAUGCGCAGUUGAACACGGCCGCGAAGCUUUUCUCGAGAGCUCCGACAUCAGUGGCAGCUGAGCCAAACUCCAACGUUGCUCUCUUUGACCUCGCCUUCCCCGGCUCGCAGCCGGAAUUCCAACCCCCAACCAUUAUUCCAGCGUUGCGCGCUGCCAUUGCCCUCAAUUGCGAGAUCCAGGGAGUCAGUCGCUUCGAUCGCAAACACUAUUUUUACCAGGACCAGCCGGCCGGAUACCAGAUCACCCAGUACUACGAACCAUUUGCACGACAUGGCUUCAUCGAUCUGUACGAUUAUGAUGGUAUUGCGCCCGAAGAUGGGAAAAAGGUCCGCAUCGACCUCAAACAGGUACAGCUAGAACAAGACACGGCCAAAUCGCAAGAAUACCCUCCGUCGGCACAACUGCUAGACUUCAAUCGAGUCUCCCACCCUCUGAUCGAGAUCAUCACGAUGCCUCUAAUCCACUCGCCCGCGACGGCGGCCGCCUGUGUGCGAAAGGUCCAGGCGAUCCUCCAGGCUACAAGCGCAGUGACUACCGGAAUGGAACUGGGUGGGUUACGUGCCGAUGUCAACAUCUCUGUCCGGCGACGUGAUGCAGCGCCUGGGGAUGGGGAAUACAACGGCAUGCGGGGCUUGGGCCAGCGCACAGAAAUCAAAAACUUGAGCAGCUUCAAGGCAGUCGAAGACGCCAUUAUCGCAGAGCGCAAUCGCCAGAUUGCUGUGCUUGAAAGCGGCGGCGUGGUUAUGGGAGAAACGAGAGGCUGGGCGAUUGGUAGUACCGAGACUCGCAGACUGCGUGCAAAGGAAGGAGAAGUGGAUUAUCGCUACAUGCCAGACCCAGACCUAGGACCUCUACGAAUCGACAGCGAGCUUUUACGGGAAUUGGAAAACACGCUCCCGACUUUGCCUGAUGGGCUCUUGGACUUGCUGACAGGGCCGGUUUAUGGACUAUCGAUUGACGACGCAAAGCCAUUGAUUGAGCUGGACGGUGGCGAGCGCUUGGAGUACUACCAGGAAGUCGUUGAUUUCCUUGAGGACCGAAAGCCAUUCUUCCAACCCGACCACCGAAAAGACGAGACCAUUCCCAACAACGAUCUCAGCAGAACAGCGGCCAAUUGGGUGUUACACGAACUGGGAGGCUUACUCGCCAAGGCAGACGUGGCAUGGGACGAUGAGCUGGUUCCGGCCAGGACGCUGGCCGAACUGAUCAAUCAGUCUGUACAUAAAAAAAUCACCGGCCCCGUGGCAAAGCAAGUUCUGGCCAUGGUUUUCGAGGGAGACAAGCGGCCGAUCCAGCAGCUGCUCGAGGAAGAGGGUCUCUUUCUACGGCCUCUGUCUCGAGACGAGUAUCUAGCCCUCGCUCAGCCGCUCAUCGCGGCGAACCCUCAGAUGGUAGCACAGAUCCGCGAGAAGAACCAGCUGGGGAAACUGGGCUGGUUUGUCGGGCAGAUGAUGCGCUCUGGAGAGAAGGGUCGCGUAGAGGCGCAGCGUGCCGAGGAGAUUUUGCGAGAGCUGAUUCUGGGGUGA